AUGGUCCUCUACUUCGUUUCUCAUUCUCAUCAGCAAGAUCAAGCCCGCCAGCGUGUCGAUACCCAUGCGCGCUCGCUCAUUUGUUCUUUCGAUAUGCCCGAGCUUCCUCUCUUGAUCAAGAACCCGGAAGGUCAUCAAGUGACGAUAAAAACGACAUUCUCUCAAACCAUCGUUCCACUCACACAACGGCCGUCUUUCGAAAGGAAGCCAUUCUCCGACGGAUCUACUCCCUGUGCAAAUAUCUGGACGCCAAUCCUUCGACCAAGCUCUUCGCCCUGCAUGGUCAUGCGACAUGAAAUUCCGUCCUUCUUUAUUCUCCUCCUUUAA